AUGAAGGUUGCUCGUAUCACAUCGUGGGGCUCUGCGCCCGUCUACUCCGACGCCCCUGACCUGCCCGCACCUUCGCCGUCCCAGAUCCAGGUCAAAGUCGUGGCUGUGGCCGUCCCGCCCGUGGUACGGGGGCGCGCCCUGGGGAAGCACUCGAGUGCCCGCGGCGUCGCUCUGCCUUACGACCCGAGCGUCGAUGGCGUCGUGCGGGACGAAGCCACGGGCGACCUCUACUACGCUACCCCCAUGUCCGCCUCUCUCUUCGCCGAGCGCGCCAACGUGGAACGCCACACCCUCGUCAAGCUCGCGCCUGACGCUGACCCCGUCGCCGUGGCCACCCUCGUCAACCCUGUCGGCAGCAGCUGGAUGGCCUUCCGCGCCCGCGCCAUUCCUGCCGGCUGUGAGGGCGCCACCGUUCUCAUCCUAGGCGCCACCAGCACCAGCGGUCGGGCCGCCGUCGCCGUGGCGCGCUCCCUUGGUGCGGCCCGCAUCAUCGGCAUGUCGCGCAAGGAGGAGACACUCGCUACUGUCGAGGGCCUUGACGAACGCAUCGUCCUGCAGGACCCGUUCACCCUCCCGGCCAGUCUGGGCCCCAUCCACAUCGUCUUGGACUUCGUCGGCGGACGGGCGGCCGUGGGCAUCCUGCAGGCUGCCGAGGCAGAGCCCGGCAAGGAUGUGCAAUACAUUCACGUCGGCGACCUCGCUGGUGAAGAGUCCAUCGGCCUGCCCUCCCGCUUGCUGAACGCCAAGCCCGUCCGCAUCACCGGCUCUGGCAUGGGUGCGUGGAGCAAGAUGGACGUCAAGAAGGAGAUCGGCGGCCUGCUGGGCGCCGUGGUCAAGAUGCCCAGGCCUGACGAUGUCAAGGUCGCCUCGCUGGCCGACGUGGAAUCUGUUUGGGACACGGAGGAUACCAAGAGCAAGCGCCUCGUGCUUGUUCCGUGA